UUGGCCAUCGAAUCCAAAAGGAGGAGGAAGGGGGCGAAGGGAGGUGGAUGGAGGGGGGGGAGGGAAUAAGGGCACGACUCCACCCCCUCGACGCCGCAAGUGAAGGAUAUGAUGAUGGACUCCUCCAGGCUCCGCAGGGAGGAAUGCCACCGCACCAAGCAUGACUCCGUCUUCUCCGAUUGGAAGAUUGUUAUUGGAUCAUCGGAUUGGGAGGAUCAUUCCUUGGGCAAGAAUGGGGCGGAGAGAUAUAAAAUUCAUAACCUUCCUGCUAAUUGUUCGUGCCCUGGACUCUAUGAAUUAGGCAUUGCUGUGACUCCAACUGAUGGAAGAGGCACCAAGACCCGUCAGCAUGCUUUAAAGGACAUUGUUGUCGUUUAUCUUGGUCAAGCUGAUAAUGUUAGAACAAGGCUUCAACAGUAUGGACGUGCAGGAUCUCAUUUGGACCAUGGAAAUUCAUUUACUUAUUCAGCGGAAAGUGAAACUCCUUGUCUCCAAAAAGGGCCUGGUUUAUUUAAAGAAAUCUUCUCGAAGGGCUAUUCCAUUGUGUACAGAUGGGCUCCGAUGAAAGACAAAAAAGAAGCAGAGAAGAUGGAGGAACAGCUACUUAAUUUCUUUGAUUAUGCAUGGAACAGGCGUGGAAAUGGUGCUUGUCGGCGUGAAGAUAUCCUGUUAAAAUUAGAUAAGGCAUCAACCAGGUCUAAUUCUGGUUUACUAAGUAAGUUCAAGCAGUGGAAGUGGCCUGUAUUUAGCAAAACUGUAGGGAUCAAGAUUGAUGCAGGUUUGUCAAUUGAUGAAGCAGAAUCAGAGAAGACGAGAGGUUUUCUCCCUCAAAUCUUCAAAUUUGUCAAGUCACAGCGUCAGUCAGUUCAACCGAACGAUAACCUUACUCAAGAUGAAAAAGUUUGUGGAGUGGCCAUUGGUAAUGGACACAUCUGUAGAAAUAAACCUGUGCCAAGACGCAAAAGGUGUUCAGAGCAUAAAGGAAAGAGGAUUACUGUUAACAGCAAUCUGACAAGUAGAGACAUAAGAACGAUAGAGGAUAACUCAUCUCUUGUAUGCUCUGAGGAUAGUGCUGCUGGGAAAAUGGUUCAAUCUAAGCACCAGAGAAUACCUCAUAUUUAUAAAUCCUCAAGCGGCUGGGAAAGUUGGCCUCCUGCAGAAGAAAUGCAAAAACUCAUCCCCAUACUUGAAGUAAACAUCUGUGGGGUGGAAGCAGAGGAUGGAGAUAUUUGUAGAAGGAAGCCUGUUCCUGGAAGAAAGAGGUGUGAGGAGCAUAAAGGAAAGAGGGUAACUGGUAGUGGCACAUCAAGCUCAGCAAAAACAGUAAGAUCAUCUGUAUGUGGUGUUCAUUUAGAUGAUGGCUCAAUUUGCAUGAAUCUACCACUGCCUGCAAGGAAGCGAUGCACGAAACACAAAGGAAGAAAGGUCACGAAGAUUGGUCAGCCAGACGUAUUUGAGUUUCAGACAAAGAAACUAUCUUCUUUGAAUUAAGCGUUUGCCAGAAUAUACCUUGCAUGGUUGACAUUGAAGUUGAAUGUAACAUUUACAACUUCCUAUUCAAGUGGUUGCUCAUUGCUUACCCUUUGAAGGUUAUUUGUAAGUCAGAAUCGAUACGACAGGCAUUCAUCCAAUCUCAAAUGUUUGGCUUGCUGCUCC